AUGACGUUAAAAAAUGAGCUAAUAGUGAGGUUCGGACGGGAAGCUGAAGAUGCGGAAGUUCUCGCCAUGUUGGAGGAUAUUAUGAAGAUAUACUCAAUUGGAGUGGAAGACCUAUUCAUUAAAUGGGAACAAUUUGCUUAUCACCAAGAAGAAAAAUCUAUUGAACUGAAUUCUGCGAAGAUUACCGAGUUCAAGGAAUUUCUCCUGCAACAAAUCGAAAAGAAAGCUAAUGCAAUCGGCGGCACUGCGACUUCGAAUCCUCCCUCAAUCAAAAAGCCAAGAAUCAACAAGCCCCAUGCAACAAGUCCGUCGUUGUUUGGAUUUGGUGUUCCAAAGACUCCCACAAUUAAGAGGCGAAAAGUAGAAGGCACUCCCCUUUCGCAAAAUGAAUCGGUGUCUCUAAAAGUGAUUCAUAAUUCUCCGUCGCUACUGGAAUCACCAAGCGAAAUAACUAAUAUGCAUAGCUCCAAGCUUUUCCAAUCAAGCAUAGACAGAACUCAAGACUCAAUUUCAACACCAAAUGAAUCGAAAAAGAAUCUUGAGCCUGGAAUUACUGUUGAAACCUUUAACCCCGACAACGUUGAUGUUUCAAAGGGACUUAACUUUGAAAACGAGGAAAAAGUUCAGGUGAUACCUUUUUUUGAGCGGGAAAAGUAUCGCUUCCGGACUAUGAGACAGAAUUUAUUGGAUGCUGCCGAGGUGCUCGAUGAACAAAUUGAAUUAUUUACGCAGAUCAUUCUGGAUCAUUAUAAGCUUACCCCAAACGAUAUUGGCGAUCCAACCAUUCAAUCUCAGUCUGAAAUUAUUGCAAUAGGUAGAAUUGUUCCAGAUUCUCCGACAGCAAACGGACCACUGAAUAUUGAAUCUUUAGCGCUCGAAACCUCAAGAAACGUUGGGAUAGGAAGACGAAUAAGAUUGAAUUUAGAAAAAAUUACAGAGGUUACAUUAUUUCCUGGACAAAUAGCAGUUUUUAGAGGUAAAAAUGCAAAUGGGGAAUACUUUAUGGUGGAAGAGACACUUCAAAUUCCUUACCUGAAUUCCCCAGUGUCCACUGGUGAGGAAAUUGUAAAAUAUGGGAAUAGCCUUGAUAAUGACUCCAUGAAAAUUGUUAUCACGAAAGGCCCAUACACUGCAAAUAAUACACUUGACUUUUCAAACCUUCGCGAGUUUGUGCAGCGAUUGAAUAAUGAAAUUAAACCCCAUGCAGUAAUUAUGUUCGGACCCUUCUUGGAUAUCACACAUCCUCUGAUCGAAUCAGGCCUCAUUCCGAGCUUUCCAUCUUUGAAAGCACAACCAAAAACCCUCGAUGACCUUUUCCUAAAACUGAUUACCCCAAUUCUUCGUGAGAUCAACCCUAAGAUACAAACACUACUAAUUCCCUCCACAAGAGAUACCAUAUCGAAACACGCUGCUUAUCCGCAGGAUGCGCUUGACCGCAAAUAUCUUCAGCUACCAAAAAAUUUCAAAUGUUUUACAAAUCCAUCGACAUUUCAGAUAAACGAAGUGUUCUUCGGUUGUUCUAAUGUUGAUUCUUUCAAAGAUAUCAGAGAGAUAGUCAAAGGAGGAAAUACUUCCUCGAAGAACAGAAUCAGCAGGAUUGCCGAACAUAUUUUACAGCAACGCCGGUACUAUCCUUUGUUCCCCGGAGCAGUGAAAGAUAGAAAAAUUCAAAAUGGUAAAGGCAAAGAUAUACGCGAACAUGUGUCUGGUGCCGACCUUGAGGUUCCUUUUCUGGGUCUAACAGAAUUCACCGGCGAUUUUAUCCCAGACAUUAUAGUUAUCCCGAGCGAGCUCAUUCAAUUUGCAAAGGUGGUGCAAAACGUAGUUUUUGUCAACCCUGGAGCGUUCAUAAAGCCAAUGGGCGUGCGCGGAACUUUUGCGCAGCUAUCAGUAAAAGCUCCUAGUUUAAUCGGCGGCGAGUUAACCAAGGUCGAAGGAGAAGAAGAGGUGUUCCUUCAUAAUAUAUGGAAGAGAUGUCGGAUAGAUAUAGUCACUAGUUAG